AUGCAGCCUCCAGAGGGUGCCCAGAUCGACCUGGGCAAGGCCCAGGUCAUUGAUCGUGUUCCCAAAGUGAUCAAGGAACUCAAAUUCGGCGUUUUGACAAACGAUGACAUUGUCAGUCAAGCUGUAGUGGAAGUCUCCGACCGCAAGUUCUUCGACCUCGACCAUGAUCGCGCCGUGGUUUCUCAUGGCCCUCUCGAUGCGCGCAUGGGUAUCUCCAAUAAGACCGCACAGUGCAAGACGUGUGGACAUCACCUGAAGGAAUGCAAUGGUCAUUUUGGCCACGUUCGACUGGUCUUGCCAGCUUUCCAUGUCGGUUACUUCAAGCGCGUUAUCGGUAUUCUCCAGGAAAUUUGCAAGGAGUGUUCGCGCAUCCUUCUCCCUGAGACGGAGCGCCGUGCUUUCCUGCGCGAGAUGCGCCGCCCGGGACUAGAUAACCUGCGACGAAUGCAAAUUGCGAAGCGAAUCAACGAGCGCUGCCGGAAAACUCGACAAUGCGAGUAUUGUCAGGCGAUCAACGGUGUCGUGAAAAAGGCCGGCUCCAGUGCCUUGAAAAUUACUCACGACAAGUUCCGCGCAUUCAACUCGUCGACCUCCGUCAAGAAGCAGCCUCCAAUCAGCAAAACGGUGUUCGAUGACUCCUUUGCCGAAGCACGAAAUGCCAACACAGAGAUUGAAAAGCACUUCAAGAAGGCACAGGAUGACAUGAAUGCCCUGCGCGUGUUGAAGCUUUUCAAGAGAAUCUCCAAUACUGAUUGUGAACUCUUGGGCUUAGAUCCAAAGGAAGCACGACCGGAGAUGUUCCUCUGGCAGUUCAUCCCGGCUCCUCCGGUUUGCAUUCGGCCGUCCGUAGGCCAAGAAGGUGCAUCGACAGAAGACGAUCUGACGGCAAAGCUGGGCGAUAUCGUCCAGAGCAACAUCAACCUCAAGAACGCUCUGCUGAAGGGUGCUCCAGUGCAGACAAUCAUGGAAUGCUGGGACUACAUGCAGCUGCAAAUUGCAGUCUACAUCAACAGCGAUGUUCCAGGCCUGAACAAAGCUGACCUGGGAAAGCCCAUUCGCGGUUUCGUUCAACGACUGAAGGGAAAACAAGGUCGAUUCCGUGGCAAUCUGUCAGGAAAACGUGUGGAUUUCUCUGGUCGUACAGUCAUUUCGCCCGAUCCUAACCUGCGAGUCGACGAAGUCGCCGUCCCCGAACUUGUGGCCAAGAACAUGACAUACCCAGAGGUUGUAACUCGUUACAAUAAGGAAAAGCUUCAGGCGCGCGUGUUGAACGGAAGCAAGAAAUGGCCCGGAGCAAACUAUCUUGUUAAGAAGGACUCGACCUUCAAAAUGAUGCUGAAGUACGGCAACCUGAAGCAUGUUGCCAACGAGCUACAGGAGGGUGACACAGUUGAGCGUCAUAUCGAAGACGGUGAUAUCGUUCUCUUCAACCGACAGCCCUCUCUGCACAAGCUUAGUAUCCUUUCCCAUUUCGCCAAGGUUCGGCCGCAUCGAACAUUUCGAUUAAACGAGUGUGUUUGCAACCCUUACAACGCUGAUUUCGACGGAGAUGAGAUGAAUCUGCACGUUCCCCAGACAGAAGAGGCUAGGGCUGAAGCGAUGGAGCUGAUGGGUGUGAAGAACAACUUGGCCACACCAAAGAACGGCGAGCCUAUCAUUUCCGCCAUUCAGGAUUUCAUCAGUGCUGCUUAUUUGCUGAGCAGUAAAGACAAUUUCUUUGACCGUCGCUCGUUCACCCAGAUUUGUCUCUACAUGCUGGGCCACGAAACGCGUUUCGAUCUCCCACCCCCCUCUGUUCUCAAGCCUCAGAUGCUCUGGACGGGUAAACAGGUGUUCAAUAUUCUGAUGCACCCCAACAAUGAUGACCCUGUUCUUGUAAACCUUGACGCCGCUUGCCGUGAAUUCAAGCAACCGAAGGAUGGUCGGCCGAAGGAUCUGGACCCGAACGAUGGCUGGCUGGUGAUUCGUAAUUCUGAAGUCAUGUGCGGUGUCAUGGACAAGUCUACCAUCGGUUCUGGAAAGAAGGACAAUGUGUUCUACAUUAUGCUUCGUGAUUUUGGCCCACCUGCUGCUGCUGAAGGCAUGAACCGCCUGUCGAAGCUGUCGGCCCGCUGGUUCACCAAUAUCGGCUUUUCUAUUGGUAUCACGGAUGUCUACCCCAGCGACAGACUUGUCCAGUCAAAGAAUGAUCUGGUCGAAACGGCUUACGCUGCUUGCGACGCCGUUAUUGCCCAAUACAAAGCCGGUACUUUGGAAAAGUAUCCCGGUUGCGACGAGUUGCAGACAAUGGAAAACCAGCUGUCUGGUAUUCUCAGUAAGGUCCGUCAGCAAGCUGGAGAUGAAUGUAUUGCCCAACUCAGCAAGUACAACUCGCCCCUCAUCAUGGCUACGUCUGGAUCCAAGGGUUCUAGUAUCAACGUGUCCCAAAUGGUUGCACUUGUGGGUCAACAAAUUAUCGGUGGUCAACGUGUUCAAGAUGGUUUCCAGGAUCGCACGCUUCCUCAUUUCCCGAAGAAUGCGCGCCAGCCUCCGUCGAAGGGAUUCGUUAGGAACAGUUUCUUCUCCGGGCUCGAGCCUACAGAGUUCAUUUUCCACGCCAUGUCUGGUCGUGAAGGUCUGGUCGAUACUGCCGUCAAGACUGCCGAAACUGGUUACAUGUCUCGUCGGCUGAUGAAGUCACUUGAGGAUCUCUCUACGAGAUACGACGAUACAGUGCGGAACUCGUCAGCUGCCAUCGUCCAGUUCCAGUACGGUGACGACAAACUGGAUCCCGUGGAUAUGGAAGGCAAAGCCAAGCCGGUGCAUUUCGAUCGAACCUUCAUUCACUCCGAGUCUACUACCUACAACAAUGACGAGCGAAGUUUGCUGCCGCAAGAAAUCAUGGAAGUUUGUGCAGAGAUGCUUGAGAAGGAGCGCGCCAAGCUCACACGCAAGGACCUGAUGGGCAAUGAACUAGGAUACAUGGACCGCAGCGAUCAUGGUGUCGACCAAUUCGAGAGUGCCCGUGACUUCCUUGACUCUAUUGAGCAGUACGUGCAGACCAAGGCCGAAAGGCUGAUCUCUCAUGGGGGUGACUUUGAUCCUUCGGACGAGAGAAGCCGACAGGGCUUGAAUCACACUGGCAAGUUGACCGAGACCACCCUCCGGGCUUUCAUUACUGCUUGUCUGUUGAAGUACAAGAAAGCCCAAGUCGAACCAGGCCACGCCGUUGGUGCUGUCGGUGCCCAGUCCAUCGGUGAGCCCGGUACCCAGAUGACCUUGAAAACGUUCCAUUUCGCUGGUGUUGCUGGUAUGAGUAUCACGCAGGGUGUGCCCCGUAUCAAGGAAAUUAUCAACGCCUCCAAGGAGAUCAGUACGCCGGUCAUUGCAUGCGAGCUUGUCACCAAAGACAAAAUUGCUUCCGCUCGUAUUGUGAAGGGACGCAUUGAGAAGACCUACCUGCGCGAUGUGAUUCACUCAAUCAAUGAGAAAUGGUCUGGAAACGAGGCUUGUGUCACCGCCAAGAUCAAUCAAAAGACGAUUGAUGACCUGCAGCUUGAGAUCACGAUGCCGCAAAUCGUCGCCGCGAUUAAAAAUCACAAGCGCUUCAAGGCUGAUGACCUCAAGUUCCGAACUACGCGCAAUUCUAUUACCCUUGUCAUCGAUCUCGACCCGGCCAGCAAGAAUGGUUUGUCGAAGACCGAGAUCGCCUCAACCAGUGCCGAUCCCUUCCUGCGUCUCAAGCACCUGAAGCGCAUGAUGCCCAACAUCCAGAUUAUGGGUCAUCCCCAGGCCGCCCGUGCCAUUAUCCGAACCGAUGAGAAAGGCACCACCAAUACUCUCCUAGUGGAAGGCUACGGUCUGAAGGAUUGUAUGACGACUGCUGGAGUGGAUGGUCUGCACACCCGGACUAACAACGUCAUGGAGGCGCGCGAGGUGCUUGGCAUCGAAGCCGCACGAAGCACCAUCAUUACUGAAAUCAGCGAGGUCAUGAAGGACAUGGACAUCGAUCCUCGCCACAUGCAGCUCCUGGCCGACGUAAUGACGUACAAGGGCGAGGUGCUAGGCAUCACUCGUUUCGGUCUGGCCAAGAUGCGUGACUCGGUGCUACAGCUGGCUUCGUUCGAAAAGACCGCCGACCACCUCUUCGAUGCCGGUGGUGCUGGCCGCACUGAUCUGAUUGAGGGCGUUUCGGAAUGUAUUAUUAUGGGCAAGACCAUGGGCCUGGGCACCGGCGCUAUGGAGGUCGUGCGCAAGCUGAACUUCUAUGAAGGCCAGAUCGGCCCGCGGAAGACUGUUUUCGAAGACGCCUGGUCCGAACUGUGUGAAGCACCCUUGCCGACUCGAGGCAAGAAGAGAGCCCGGUAG